AUGAAUUGGAAAGUGAUUUCUUCUAUCAUAGCAAUAUGCAUCACCAUCAUUGUCAUCUUAGUUUUGGUUUUCCGAAAUAGAGAAGAGAAAUCUAUGGGUUGUCAGAGCUCUUCCCAUGGGCAAGGGGAAGGUCAGGAUACUGCUAGCCAGGUAUUUCGAGAUUUAACUCCAGAAGAGAUGAUGCAAGUAAAAAACUAUUUACAUUCCAACCUGGGAGUGCGAAUGGUAGGUGCAUCAAAAGCCAAGCCAUCAGACAACUGCAUCUAUUCCAUCACCUUGCAGCUCCCUCCCAAAUCAGCAGUGCUACAAUUUCUAGACUAUCAAGGAGUCAAGCCUGCGCGGGAAGCUCUGGCUGUGGUUCAUUUUGGAAAUCAGCCAGUCCCAAAUGUCACUGAAUUUGUAGUAGGUCCUCUUCCAAAGCCAAAGUAUCAUCAAGAUGUUACUUUGCAGAAGUAUGGAAAGAUGUUGCCUUAUUACCAAAGGGUUCCUAUGAUGACUGAUGUGGUUGAACUAUAUAAAAUAUUGCUUCUGAAGGAAUUUCUCAAGGCUCCAAAUUUCAUGAGAAAAGUCCUUGAUUAUCCACCAAAAAUUUUCAUGAUGACUUUUGGAAUGCCACCAGGGCUAAAAUCAGGAGAUCGCAAAAUCUGGAUAAAUCUCUUACAGUAUACUCCUGGCAGCUAUUUGCAUCCAGUUGGAUUUGAGAUCCAAGUGAAUUUUAGCAGCCUGGAUUAUUCUCAGUGGAAGGUGAUAAAAGCUUUUUAUAAUGGACAAUAUUUUGAGGGCAUGAAAGAUAUUGAAAAGCAAUUCAAUAUGGGAAAGUUUAAAGUAAACAAGGUUAAACUACCCCCUCGUGAUGGGGGAUACUCAUCACUGAAGCGGAGGGUGCCACCACAAGGACCAAGUCCUUUGCAUUAUGAACCUCGUGGACCACGGUAUAGAAUUCAGGAUAACCAUGUAACUUUCAUGUCUUGGAGUUUAGCUUUUGGAAUUGAUAACCAUAGAGGACCACGUAUCUUUGACGUCAGAUUUAGAGGAGAGAGAAUAGUCUAUGAGUUAAGUUUACAAGAUGCAAGUAUUAUCUAUGGAUCCAAUGGUCCUACAAUGAUGUCUGUCAGAUCCAUGGACAUGGUCUAUGGAUUUGGGUCUAGAAUGUUCACACUCACACAGGGGGUGGAUUGCCCCUACCUAGCUACUUACCUGGAUGUGCAUAGUUUUCUUGAUACUUCAUCCCCUAAGACCCAUAAAAAGGCCAUGUGCAUCUAUGAACAGAAUUCUGAGUUGCCUCUGAGACGUCAUUUUGAAAGCGUCCAGUCUCCAUUUUAUGGAGGAUUGUCUGACUCGUGUCUGGUUAUCAGAUUCAUAUCAGCACUUGGUAACUAUAACUAUAUCUGGAACUUUGCUUUUCAUCAAAAUGGAGCUGUUGGUGUCCAUCUUCUUGCCACCGGAUACAUUCAAACUGCUUUUUUCUUUGAGGAUGCCACAGACUUUGGCAACAGAGUUCAAGAGUGGGUAUCGGGAUCAAUUCACACCCACAAUAUCAAUUUCAAAGUAGAUAUGGACAUUGGUGGUGUGGGCAAUAUGCUAGUUGGCAAUGACAUGGCCUUUGAGACACUGCAGGCCCCUUGGAGCCCUGAACAUAAGAUAGAUCGAGUGAAGAAGGUGAGGAAAGUUUUCAAAACUGAGGACCAAGCUGCAUUCCGCCUCCGUGAUGCCAUGCCCAACUACAUCUAUUUUGCUGCCAAUGACAGCAACAAUAAGUGGGACCAUGAAAAAGGCUACCGGAUACAGAUAGUCAGCUUUUCUGGAGACCAUCUAUCAGAAUCUGAUCCAGUGGAACCAGGCUUCAGUUGGGGCAGGUACAAGUUAGCUGUCACAAAGCGAAAGGAGGAGGAGCCAACUAGUAACAGCAUCUACAGCCAAAUAGAUCCGUGGGAUCCCCCUGUUGACUUUUCUGAGUUCUUAAACAAUGAGACCAUUGUCAAUGAGGAUCUGGUUGCCUGGAUCAAUGCUGGCUUUCUACAUAUUCCACAUGCUGAGGAUGUGCCCAAUACUGCAACUGUUGGGAAUGUGAUUGGUUUCUUCUUGAAACCAUACAAUUAUUUUGAUGAUGACCCUUCCAUGUAUUCUCCAGAUAGUGUUUACUUCAACAGCCUGCAGGAUCCCACUUCCUGUGAGACCAACCAACUUGCAUGUCUGGCAAAAGUUGCUUCAUGUUUGCCCACUUUUCCACCUUUCACUUAUGAAGGCUUUAAAAACCUAACAACUUUCUAA